CCCUCCCUACCCUCUCCGAUCCAUGUCCGCCGCGGCUUCAGAAUCCCCGAACUCCGAACCACCGAUUCGUCCCCCGGACUCCUCCCCAAUCGAGGCGAAAACCCUAGAGAGCAGCCCCAAUCCCGACGAGAGGUCGACCUCGGACCGGGUCGAGACAGAUGCCAGAGGCGAAGGAGAGGCGGCGGCGGCGGCAGCGGCGGCGGCGGAGGACGAGGAGGAAGGGGAGUGCGGGUUUUGCCUGUUCAUGAAGGCCGGCGGCUGCAGGGACGCGUUCGUCGACUGGGAGAAGUGCAUCGAGGAGGCGGAGAAGAGGAAGGAGGACGUCGUGGACAAGUGCUUCCAAGCCACCGCCUCUCUGAAGAAGUGCAUGGAGGCUCACUACGACUACUACGAGCCGAUACUGCGCGCCGAGAAGGCGGCGGAGGAGGAGGUCGUGAAGGAGUUGGACAGAGAGGCGGCCACGAAGGAUGCGGAGCAGAGCGCAAGUGCGGAGCGAACCGUGACCUUGGAAGUCGCGAAGGAGUGAUCGGGUUUCGAAGGAUUAGGGACGGUCAGGCAAUUCUUUUGCUUUUCAAAUCUUUUUGAUUACUGAGAGUUAAAUAGUGGUUUGUUUCAGCUAAUUCUGCUGAUUUUUCGGAAAAUUUCCGAGGAUAUGGAGGCAAUUUUCAUGUGAGGAAUACAAAUUGAACUUCUGUUUGUGCCAUCGAGUUAAUUUAAAGGAAUAGUUUCCGAGAUGGGAGAGAUGAAAAUCUUGACAUUUCGUCUCGCUGGUGUUGUCAUAAUAAGUGUACUCUGACAUUGACUUUGAGAUUUAAACACAGUUCGGACUAAUGGCUAGAAAUUUGUUUCUGAAGAGCUCAA